AUGGACGGUUUUAAUAUUAGUAAUAAACAGCCAUCGCCAUCUGAAAUCGCUCGAAUAACCUUAUCGGAAUGUAUAGCAACUGGUGAAAUUGCAUUGGACGAGGUAAUUGAUGUCGAUGUUUAUAAAGGAAUAAAUGAUAACGACGAGUUUUAUAUCUCAGAAAAUAAUAUUUCAUCAGAUAAUGAUUCACACAUUUGUACAUGGAUUGAUUAUAUACACUCCAAAUCAAAAGAUGAAGCAUCAAUUAGAGGGGAUCGAUUAAACGCUUUAUAUUGUCCAGGAAUUGUAAGACCGCUAUUAGGAAUAUGCCGUGAAUUCCCUUUGUGGACAGGAGUCUUAUUAGAGCAUUUCAAUUCUCCUAAUAAAAGAGGAUCAUCGGCUCGAAUAGAAAGUUACUUCGCCAAUCUUAAAACAUCAAUUUUGUCAAAGAGAACAUCAAAAAUGAGAGCAGACAAAUUUAUAGUUACACAUCUUCGAGCUCUCCGAGGGGACAUUAAAAUGGCUCAAAGCAACCUUCAGAGCAUUGAACUAUAUAAAGAGAAUGUAAAUAAUGAAGAUUCUUUGAAUGAAAAACAAUUAUCAGUAAGAAAUAUCAAAGUGUCAGACACUAAUAUUGUAAUAAAUAAAAAAGGUUACAAUUAUGAUAUUGAUAAUAACAAAAAAAAUCUAUGA